CUUGGAUUUAGAUAAGUUUGGCAAACCAAGUGACAAAACGGUUGAGCAAGUGGAUUUUUUUGUUUUCAAUUUAAAAAUGGCAAAAUUAUUUAUUAUAGUUGCGUUAGUGAUAACAUUUCAGCUAGCUGAAAAUCAAUAUGAAGUCGUUGCACUAAGUCAACCAAUAAACGUUCAAACACGAUCAUCGAGUCCGGUUGCACCGAUUGGUGGAGUGUCCAUUGAACAUCCAUUGCAAGCAACAGUGUAUGCAUACCGAAAAGGAAAGAUGAAGUUAUUGGUGCCAUUUGAAAUCACUGUUGUACCAAUGGGAAGCGGCGGUUUGGAGCCCGAAUAUUCAUCAAAUCCCAUCUCUGGCCAAGUACGCCCACAGCAACAAGAUCCAAAUCGUUCGGUAUACAAUAGAAAUGCCUAUCGACAAUAUCCUGCAGCACAAUUUGGACCAAGCUAUUAUCCACCAUCCGCAUAUCAACAACCAUACUAUUAUGCACCGUACAAUGGUUACAAUGCAAACAAUGCCUUCUAUGGUUACAAUCAGCAAUCACCGUAUCGCAAUCCAUAUUAUUCGCCGGCAUAUCGUCGAGUUGACACAAAACCAUGGCCACAAUAUCAUCAUUCAUCAUCUCAACAAGCCAAUACAAAGCCAGUCAACGCAGCCAACGCAACAUCGGAUCAACAAAACGCAACGCAAAAUUGGUCCGGAAAUAAUACGGCAAUCAACAUAAGUAGUCUAGUGAAUAAUGAAAUGCACCCACAAAAUGCAUUGGCACCAACAACAAACAAAACGGUUCCACCCGAAACAACAUUGGCUCCUCCAGCAACUACAAUCUCCUUGCCAACGACAAACGCUGCACCGGAACAAAAAUCCGAAGCCACUGAAAAUGAAAGUAAACAAACCAAUGCGAAAGUUGAACAAAUACCGGCACAAGAUAUGAAUAGAGAAGAAUCAAGAUAUGUUCAACCUUAUUUUGUCGCACCGCCACCGAAUUUUAUUCCCGACGGCUCAUUCCUACCGAAUGGAAUGCAUUUCAAUGGGGAAUACAAUGAUCAAAUAAACGGUAAUUGAACAAAAAACCCUUGCACAUCAUCGUCGUGUUGUGAAGACAAUGGAAAAAUCAACGAAAAUUAUCAAACCCACGAAAAUAAACAUAAACACAAACCAAACCUCAUUCAAGCUACAUGGAGUAUAAGCAGCAUUUGUUUUACUAAUACGCACGAACAAUACAAUUGAUUUUGGUGCCGAAAAGUUGUUUUGCACCCAAAAAAAAAAUUCAUAUGCAAAUAUUUUUAUACGAUUUUUACAAAAUGGAACUUUUGAUCUUGGUUAGAAAGAUAUAGUUAGAGAUUUACACUAGGAUUUACAUUUCCCAAAUCACAACUCGUUCUGAUAAUAAAUUCACAAAAGAAAUAAAAAUGAAAUGUCGAACAAAAAAUAAAA